GAAGAUAAGGAUAUCAGAACAAAAACAACAAAACCUUUUUUGUAUCUCAUUUACAGGCACCUGAUCAACCAAAGAAUAUACAAUAUUGCCAAAAAGAAUGGAAUUUCUUCACCUCGGUGCCCUCUGUUGGAUGAUUUCCAUCAUAGCGACUCAGAAUUCGGGUACAAAUCUUGCCCUUCGAGGUCAAGCAGCACAAUCCUCCAGCUACUCUGCCAUCAAUGAAGCCAUAAAAUCCAUUGAUGGGAACACCGACUCCAACUUUUACAAAUCGUGCUCCUGUACCCAACCUGACUUGUCCCCGUGGUGGAGGGUGGAUCUACGGGCCCCGUACAGAAUUUCCUCUGUUGUCAUCACCAACAGAGGAGACUGCUGUGGCGAGAGACUGAAUGGGGCAAACAUCCUUAUCGGCAACUCCGUGGAAAACAAUGGGAACAACAAUCCAAGAUGCGCAGAAAUAACCAACAUACCCAAUGGUGCCACUCAGACCUUCCAAUGCAAUGGCAUGGUUGGCCAAUAUGUGAACAUCGUCCUGCUGGGGAAACGGGAAUAUCUACAGCUCUGUGAAGUCCAAGUGUUUGGAGAACCCGCAUUGACCAGUACUCCAGGUACAAAUCUUGCCCUUCAAGGUCAAGCAGCACAAUCCUCCAGCUACUCUGCCAUCAAUGAAGCCAUAAAAUCCAUUGAUGGGAACACCGACUCCAACUUUUACAAAUCGUGCUCCUGUACCCAACCUGACUUGUCCCCGUGGUGGAGGGUGGAUCUACGGGCCCCGUACAGAAUUUCCUCUGUCGUCAUCACCAACAGAGGAGACUGCUGUGGCGAGAGACUGAAUGGGGCAAACAUCCUUAUCGGCAACUCCGUGGAAAACAAUGGGAACAACAAUCCAAGAUGCGCAGAAAUAACCAACAUACCCAAUGGAGCCACUCAGACCUUCCAAUGCAAUGGCAUGGUUGGCCAAUAUGUGAACAUCGUCCUGCUGGGGAAACGGGAAUAUCUACAGCUCUGUGAAGUCCAAGUGUUUGGAGAACCCGCAUUGACCAGUACUCCAGGUACAAAUCUUGCCCUUCAAGGUCAAGCAGCACAAUCCUCCAGCUACUCUGCCAUCAAUGAAGCCAUAAAAUCCAUUGAUGGGAACACCGACUCCAACUUUUACAAAUCGUGCUCCUGUACCCAACCUGACUUGUCCCCGUGGUGGAGGGUGGAUCUACGGGCCCCGUACAGAAUUUCCUCUGUCGUCAUCACCAACAGAGGAGACUGCUGUGGCGAGAGACUGAAUGGGGCAAACAUCCUUAUCGGCAACUCCGUGGAAAACAAUGGGAACAACAAUCCAAGAUGCGCAGAAAUAACCAACAUACCCAAUGGAGCCACUCAGACCUUCCAAUGCAAUGGCAUGGUUGGCCAAUAUGUGAACAUCGUCCUGCUGGGGAAACGGGAAUAUCUACAGCUCUGUGAAGUCCAAGUGUUUGGAGAACCCGCAUUGACCAGUACUCCAGGUACAAAUCUUGCCCUUCAAGGUCAAGCAGCACAAUCCUCCAGCUACUCUGCCAUCAAUGAAGCCAUAAAAUCCAUUGAUGGGAACACCGACUCCAACUUUUACAAAUCGUGCUCCUGUACCCAACCUGACUUGUCCCCGUGGUGGAGGGUGGAUCUACGGGCCCCGUACAGAAUUUCCUCUGUCGUCAUCACCAACAGAGGAGACUGCUGUGGCGAGAGACUGAAUGGGGCAAACAUCCUUAUCGGCAACUCCGUGGAAAACAAUGGGAACAACAAUCCAAGAUGCGCAGAAAUAACCAACAUUCCCAAUGGAGCCACUCAGACCUUCCAAUGCAAUGGCAUGGUUGGCCAAUAUGUGAACAUCGUUCUGCUGGGGAAACGGGAAUAUCUACAGCUCUGUGAAGUCCAAGUGUUUGGAGAACCCGCAUUGACCAGUACUCCAGGGACUCAAGGGAGUGGGACUGCAGCAAACUCUGGAGACAACCACGAGGAGAAGGAUGCUAAAAGAUGGCUUGAAAAUGCUGGCUGAACAACCAUUUCAUGGAACCACAGUGUUUGAUUUGCUGCAUAUACAGUGGCAUAUGAUCAAUAUUAAAAACAUAUUUACUUUUGUCAGUUUGUUAUACUCUUA